ACGUAGACACCAUGCGAAGAUACGAACGAGUGUUUGCCUGAGAUCUUCACGUGGUAUUGCACACCGUAAAUCGUUGCUCUAGGCGGCAUAUUGUAGUAGUUAGUAAAACCAUGCAAACCCAUCCUGUAAUUUUUCAAAGUAAUGGGAAAAUAAGUCGAUUUUAAAGGAAGCGCACUGAAUUUAAAAUAUAUUUUAAUUUACCGGCAACUAUUUCAAGCGUACAGGUAAAUUUUGCAAUAUAAAAAUAUGUUGUGCAUGGUUUAUUCACUAAUAUUCCAUUUUUACGAAGCGACGAAAUUCAUAUCGAUAGAAUUGCAAUGGAUACUGCAUAUUCAGCGGAGAUCAUAAACAAGUUCAACAGUAUGAACCUGCGCCCCAAAACCCGCAACGAACCUGAAUAUGGAAAGCUGACGCCUGAGCAAAUUUUAGAUAUUACUAGACCAAUUGAAAACCAACGGCCGAAAUCUUCGUUUAUACCAGCGAUAUGCAACUUCGAAACGGCUCGAAAAAUGGCCCAAGAAAAUCUGGAACACCAACCGUUGCCAGACGCUGUUAUGGAUAUUGCCUUCAGGAAAGCUCAGGUCGCUGGAUCUGCGAAUCCAGGGGCCGCUUUGGAGGUGGGCCCAUAUGCAACAGGUGUUGGUUGCAAAAAUUACAAAGCUGGUCCAACGAAAUGCACCAAGUACAGAGUAUACCGACCGAAAACUUGCGGCGUAAUUCCGAAACCACUGAGUGCAUCUGGUCUGAACGAAAGAAUACCAGAUUUCAAGAAACGAGAAAAAGUCGGGGCUAUGGAUUUGGCGAUAGGCUGGGACUACCGAACUAAACGGGAGCCACGGCGUGCAAUUUACAUGGAUGGUUCAAAGCCUUCUGUUGCUCCACCGAUCUUUGAGGUUGUUGAACCACCCAAGGAAUUGAAUUUACCAAAUGUUGUUCAUUCUGGAGGAGUAUUUUCCAAUACCCUUGGAGAGGAAGAUUUCUUCGACCGCGAUAUCAUUCGACAGCAUGAAGAGUAUACCAAAAACUAUAAUAGUGCUAACAGGUGCAAAUGCAACGGUAGCGCGAAUUCUAAAAAAUCCAACAAGUCAGCGAAAGCAGAACGUUUAGAAAGGUCUAAGAACGCAAACGGUAACGAUGACCUUACUAAAACUGAUGGAGCUGAGCUUCCUGAUCUGACUCAGCAACGAUCGAAAGGUUCACCCAAUUUAGCUCAACUUACGGAGCAAGAACUUCGAUCGCAUAGCUCCAGGCAAAGAUCACCAACAGAUAAGCACAAAGACAAUAAAAUACCCCGUCUAUGUCAUAACGCCCCUUCGGAUGAAGUAACCUACAAGGUACAACAUGAAUUUAGAUGCGCUUUCAAAGCCGGAAUUCCACAGAGUAAUUCAUCUGGAACCGUCGCCAGCUUCGACAGCGGCAUAUCUAAUUGCUCCCAGAAAAAUGAACCGAAAAAACUUACGAUUCCCAAACCGCGUGAACCAUACAGCAAGAAAAACUACAUUAUAGACACCCUAGCUCCUCCGUUUGCGUUUUGGAAGAAGGGUUCCGGUUACCCUGACUAUUGGCGUUUGGUUAGCGUUUAUCAGCAUGCAUAUAAACCUGCAGAAAAGCGAAAAUACCCACUGCUGAAAACAGUUUAUCAAUAGGUCAAAGUUAUUUUUAGGAAAUCUGUAAAACCAAUAGCGUAAAUGUGCUCAUUUGAUCCAGAUAAUAAAAUCUAUUAAGAUUA